CACACACACACACACGCACACACACCACACACAGACGCACGGUUAAUUAUUAUAAUAAUACGUACUAGUGCAGUACAUGUACGCGUAUACGAGACCUUGUGAUAGUGUUGGAUGUUGACUUGGUCGCCAACAUCCUUCAGGACGGAUAGUUCCAUGUGCAAACCGCCAUAAUAUCAUAUCCUCAAUCGUUAGCAUCCCUUUGGUAACCUGAUUGGCGGGAACUCGUCCCGGAAGUCCUCGACUCUGUAGCCUAGGUGUGACUGCAGUGCGGCUGCUGCCAGGACAAAGCUUUACAAUGGAGAAGCAUGAAAUGGAUCGGCUCGACAGCAAUAUUGCUUCUUUGGCUGUGUCAUCCUACACACCGAGGCCGAGUGUACCUUCGUCUAACUACUCUAAGGACAGAGCGCCGUCGUCCGCGGCUAGAAUACUCUGCCAGGUCAGCAUAGGGGUUGUGCUGGGGUCGGCUGUCACUCUGUUUGCGCUCUUCUUGAGUCAGCCAGCGUUUUUGUCUUCUCCGAGUCCGUGCAAUGGCAAUGGAACUACCGGUGCGGACGUGCCAAUGCUAGAGCAAGGUUCAAGAUCGACCGCUGCUCCCAGAGCAGGUGCACAACGCGCUGCCGCCGUGGAAGAGGAAUCGCCCUUAGUAGCUGGCGACGUGGCAGAGGAAUCACGCUCUAGUCCGGCGCAGACUGCUGACCACCUGCACGAGCGUGACUCUGAAGGCAAUGAUGCACGCAACCGGAAUGGAUCACCAUCAACAGCACCUCCCAGUGAGGACACAAACCCGCCCGGAGAGAAGAACAUGCCUAGGCGCUGUGCCGUUGAAACCCCCAUUCUCCAGGCACCAGUGAACCUAUACAAUUCAUGUGACAUCACGACAUGCUUCACGGUAGCUAUAGAGGUACAUUUGAUACCAGGUGAUGAGCUGGACGGUCAGACACAGGUGGAGAUUGCACUCCAUGGCUGGUCGGUGCAAAUUCGACGAAAUGCAGUUAUACUGACGUACACUGCCAACGGAACGAAAGAGAACAUUUCAUUGCCGUACGGUUUUCACGAGGACCGGUUUCAGAACAUAGCUGUCGGAUGGUGUCCCCUGGCUGGCCGUGUGGUAGUCUACUACAAUUGCUAUCGGCUGUGGGAUGUCAAGGUCCAGAGCUCUGCUCAUUGCAUCACAGGACGUGAUGUCAAUGAAGCGCGAGUGUGCAUUCCAAACUCUGCAGAAAUCAGAGAGAACAUUACGCAUAUAUUCCAAAAGAGAGUAUAUGAGAAUCUACAGUCAUUCCCAGGUGACGAACCAGUGCGCUGUCCACUCUCGGCAUCAGCCACCCCUAACGGCAACAACAGCUCCCAAGGCAAUUCUCCUAUUAUUGUCUCCGCUGAUCCUAUCCCAGUAAAACCGAGUGUACCUGAUCUGAGCAAUGCAACAAGGCAGCAAUGUGCACACUUCAAGCCCAUUCUCCAGGCACCAGUGAACCUAUACAAUUCAUGUGACAUCACGACAUGCUUCACGGUAGCUAUAGAGGUACACUUGAUACCAGGUGAUGAGCUAGACGGUCAGACACAGGUGGAGAUCACACUACAUGGCUGGUCGGUGCAAAUUCGACGAAAUGCGGUUGUACUGACGUACACUGCCAACGGAACGAAGGAGAACAUUUCAUUGCCGUACGGUUUUCACGAGGACCGAUUUCAAAACAUAGCUGUCGGAUGGUGUCCCCUGGCUGGCCGUGCGGUAGUCUACUACAAUUGCUAUCGGCUGUGGGAUGUCAAGGUCCAGAGCUCUGCUCAUUGCAUCACAGGACGUGAUGUCAAUGAAGCGCGAGUGUGCAUUCCAAACUCUGCAGAAAUCAGAGAGAACAUUACGCAUAUAUUCCAAAAGAGAGUAUAUGAGAAUCUACAGUCAUUCCCAGGUGACGAACCAGUGCGCUGUCCACUCUCGGCAUCAGCCACCCCUAACGGCAACAACAGCUCCCAAGGCAAUUCUCCUAUUAUCGUUUCUGCUGAUCCUAUCCCAGUAAAACCAAGUGUACCUGACCUGAGCAAUGCAACAAGGCAGCAAUGUGCACACUUCAAGUCCAUUCUCCAGGCACCAGUAAACCUAUACAAUUCAUGUGACAUCACAACAUGCUUCACGGUAGGUUUGAACGUACACUUCAUACCAGGUGAUGAACUGGGCGAUAAGACACAGGUGGAAGUGGCACUGCGAGGCUGGUCGGUGCAAAUUCAACGUAGAGCAAUUAUUAUAACGUACACUGCGAAUGGAUCCAAUGAAACUAUUUCUUUUCCUUCUGAUGACUUUGUGGAGAACCGGUGGGAGAAUAUUGCCGUGGGUUGGUGCCCCCUGGCUGGCCAUAUACUAGUGUACUAUGAUUGUAAUCUGGCAUAUGAUGCCAAGAUCAACAACUCAACUCAUUGCAUCACAGGCUAUGAUGCCGACGAAGCGCGGGUCUGCAUUCCGAACUCUGUGGAACCGAGAGCCAACAUCACGCACAUCUUUGAUAAGAGGGUGUAUGAUCAUCUACGGUCGUUCCCAGGUGAUGAGCCAGUACAAUGUCGAUUCUUGGACUCAGCCGCCCCCAAGCCUAGCAACACAAGCUCCCAAGGCAAUUCUCCUAUUAUUGUCUCUGCUGAUCCUAUCCCAGUAAAACCAAGUGUACCUGACCUGAGCAAUGCAACAAGGCAGCAAUGUGCACACUUCAAGUCCAUUCUCCAGGCACCAGUAAACCUAUACAAUUCAUGUGACAUCACGACAUGCUUCACGGUAGGUUUGAACGUACACUUCAUACCAGGUGACGAACUGGGUGAUAAGACACAGGUGGAAGUGGCACUGCGAGGCUGGUCGGUGCAAAUUCAACGCAGAGCAAUUAUUAUAACGUACACUGCGAAUGGAUCCAAUGAAACUAUUUCUUUUCCUUCUGAUGACUUUGUGGAGAACCGGUGGGAGAAUAUUGCCGUGGGUUGGUGCCCCCUGGCUGGCCAUAUACUAGUGUACUAUGAUUGUAAUCUGGCAUAUGAUGCCAAGAUCAACAACUCAACUCAUUGCAUCACAGGAUAUGAUGCCGACGAAGCGCGGGUCUGCAUUCCGAACUCUGUGGUAACCAGAGCCAACAUCACGCACAUCUUUGAUAAGAGGGUGUAUGAUCAUCUACGGUCAUUCCCAGGUGACGAGCCAGUACAAUGUCGAUUCUUGGACUCAGCCGCCCCCAAGCCUAGUGACCCUAGUGCUCCGAACAAUGUCAGUGCUGUUGCCCCGGGCACGGCGUCCACAGCAGCCCCGACCUCUAGCCCAGUGCACACAGUGUCGGAUGUGGCUUCAUCUUCUACUACAAGGAGCACUGGGUCAGGUCAUGCAGAUCUAGGAGGUGCUAAUGGGCAAACAGCAGUGCACUGCACAAAUGAAACGGGAAUUCUGCGGGCUCCUGCAAAUUUGUUCAAGACAUGUGACAACUCGACAUGCUUCACUGUAUCCCUUGAUGUCCGCCUCAUUCCGGGAUAUGCCACAAACAAGACGCAAGUGGCGGUAACCCUGGGAGGAUUGUCGGUUGAGAUUCGGCAGAGUGAGAUUGAACUUAGAUACCUGCAUAAUGGUAGACCUGUUCAAAGUAUUGUCGCCAUACCGCAUGGCCUGCGGAGCAACCGCUUUCAGAACGUCGCCAUCGGUGUAUGCCCCUACGCCGGUGUGGUGACGUUGUACUACAACUGCCUGCGCCUCGUCAAGGGGCAGCUUGCCUCUCCUGGUGAUUGCAUCACUGGACAUGACAUGGAUGAAGCCAGGGUCUGCGUUCCCGACACGCCCGCCGUACGGGCCGUCGUUAUGAAAACGCCCGAGAAGAAGGUGUAUGCAAACGUGCAAUCCUUUCCGCAUGCGUACCCAGUGAAGUGCCGUUUCCCCACUCUGUGUUCUGUAGAGAAGAAAAGCAUCAGUGACUUGUCAGCACUGGUAAUGAAUAUGACCAGCCUCGUCACUAACCUCGUCCACGAGAGGAGUAAGUAUGCUGCACAAGUACAGCAGCUGACAUCGCAGGUAGCAAACAUUACCCAACACUACGACAAGACCGUGAAGCAACUGGCAUCAAGGUGCGCCUUUGGCAACAAGUUUGUUGCUCCCGGCAACUUCACGGACAACUGUCAAAACUGCCAGUGCCAGAAUGGGCAUGUCCAGUGCACUCCAGUUGUGUGCAGUUGCACGGAGGGGCAAUCACCUGCCGAGGUACACUCCGUUGUCCCGGCUGAUCCGCUGCAAGGAAUUUGCUGUCCUGCUUGCUGAGUUGCUGUUGUCGACAACAUGCAGUCACGGUGGGGCACACGGUGGCAAUAUCAGUCCCAGCAUCAUGUUGUACUUGUGUCAGCAUGUUGUUGCAAGGCCUGAUGUUGCAAGGCCUGAUUUCCCAUCAUCGGGCCUUGGAAUGUCCCAGGCGCAAUGCACAUUCUCUCUUCCUUCUCUCACUUACACUGUCUCUAUUUCCAUAAACCCCUCCAGUCCCACGCACGCAGAUUUUCCGCGGCACCCUAUGCUUUUACACGUAGUACAUACGCAGCUGAAGUGAAUUCCUCCACCCACCUUUGCCCUUUUUUCCAGUGUAUUAUGGACACAUCCUGGUUGGACAUUUUUUGUCACCAUAUUGUCUGU